AUGAUCAAUGAUUGUAAUUGGCUCGAAUAUAGUAUUAAAAAAGAUAGCGUGUUUUGUUUUCCAUGCCGUAUUUUUGGAACUGCUCGUCAAACGGAAGAUACAUUUACUGUAAUAGGAUUUAAUAACUGGAAAAAACUUUGUGGAUCAAGAGAUUCAAAGACCAAAAAAUCAAAACUAAGUUUGCACGCUUCAACAAUUAAUCACAUUAAUUGUAGUAUCAUCUCCAAAUUAUCAACAGCCAACAAGGAGCACAUUGACAAAAAUCGGCAGUAUAUUAAAUGUUUAUUUGACAUUGUUAUAUUUCUUGGACGGCAGGGACUUCCAUUUAGGGGUCAUCGUGAAAAUGAUGAUGCUUUAAAUAAAGGUAAUUUUAAAGAGCUAUGCAUGUUGUUUUCAAAACAUCAUAUUGAGUUUGAGAAAAAAUAUAUUUUCAACUCAACUAACCAUACUAGCUGGGCCAUUCAAAAUGAUUUAAUAAAUAUUUGUGCUUCAUAUGUGAGAGAUAAUAUUGUUUCUGAAGUUAAAAAGUGUGGCAUGUUUUCCAUUUCAUGUGAUGAAGCCAGAUCUCAUAAAGAAGAGCAAAUGUCCAUCUGUAUCGGUUAUACAAACAAUUUAGAAGUGAAAGAACGUUUUUUAGGAUUUGUUGAUGUAUCAUAUAGUCAAAAUGCUGAUGCAUUAUAUUUAUCUAUUAUCGACUUUUUACAUUUUUGUAAUCUAUCUGAUAUUCCAAUUGUUGGCCAAUCUUUUGACGGAGCAAAUGUAAUGUCUGGUCAGAAAGGAGGAGUCCAAACUAAACUUAAGCAAAUUUAUCCAUACGCUAUAUACAUUCAUUAUAUGGCACACAAAUUAAAUUUAGUGAUUGUGGACACAUGCAGAUAUUUGAAAGUAAUCCUAUUAUUUAUUAUUUGUUUGAAAAAUGUUAUAUUACUUAGUACCAAUUAAUAAUUUAUAAUAAUUAAAACCUUAUUUUGUUUAUUUAGGAUCUUAGAAAAUUAUUUAAUGGACUAGAUGGCCAUCUACGUACAUUUCUCAUAUCCUUCAAAAAAUAAAAAGUUCAAUGACAUUCAAAAUCAACUUAGUUUGAAAAAAAAAUCUUUAGUUCAGUUAAGUGAAACAAGAUGGGCCUGUCGUUUUAAAAGUUGCAGCUCAGUCAUACAAAAUUAUGGUGUAUUAAUUCAGUCUUUAAAAGAGGAAAUUGAUGCUCAAAAAAAUAAAGAUGUCGCUGAAGCAAUUGGUAUUGAUUUAUGUAGAUUUAUAUAAUUUAAUGGCAAUUUUAUUUUAUUUUAUUAUUCAGUGAAAAAAAUAUUGAAAUUAUAUUUUUUGUUUUAGGUAUUAUUCUGAACAACAUUAUAAUACACUUUGGAAUGAAAUGCUUGAAUUUAGCACUAAACAUGAAAUUUAUCUUGAAAUUCCUUUGGAAUGUAAGAAAAAAUAUAAAAAUACUGAAUUAAUUUAUACUUUAUGAUUAUUUAUUUAUUUGGUUAUAGCUGUAUCAAAGAAAAGAUUACGAAAAGAACCAUCUCUACUUAAAUAUUUUGUUUGUUUGUCAACAACCAGUGCUAGUGAUGAUCAUACUGCAGGUAUUGUAGAAACGAAAAAAAAACUAUUGGAAAAAGAAAGCCUAUUAUUGUAUGUUAGAUACAAUGAUAAAUAUUUAAAAAACAAGAUUUUCUGAAGAAUGCCUUCAAGUAGCCUCAUCAGUAGAUAAUUUACUAAAAUUGAAUUUUGAAGGUUCUUCAUUUUUAAUUAAUCAUUACAAGGUACAUGUAAAAUACAUUAUUAUUUUUCAAGCAUUUAACUUAUGUUUGAUUUAUUUUAGUUGUUUAGUUGCCAAUCUUGGAAAAUUAGUAACUACAUCUUUAUUAUAUUAGUGUUAGAGAAUAUUGGUGGUAAAGUUGUUGGUUUAACGAAUGAUGGAGCUACAACAAACCGUACUAUG